GGGCUCGCUUACUGCACUCAGCUGGGCUCGGACGGAAGAAUGAAAGGUCUCCGCUGGCAUUACACUCGGCUGCCCAGCCAGGUGGAGGACGCUCUGUCUGGGGAGGAGGGUGAGGAAGAGGAAGAGGAAAAGGAGGAGGAGACAGCCCCAGCCCCAGCUCCUGCUCCUGAAGAUCCAGUGGAGCCCCAGCUGGCAGAAGCCAGCCAGGUUCUGGGAGCCUCGGAGAUGAGGCAGCUCAGCCUCCACCUCCCCCCGAGAGUCGCUGGACACUCCUGGAGUCUGGCCUUUUGCACGUCGAGGGACGGCUUCAGUCUGCGGAGCCUGUACAGGCAGAUGCAGGGCCACGGCGGGCCGGUGCUGCUGGUGCUGAGGGACCGGGAUGGCCAGAUGUUUGGGGCCUUCUCCUCCUCGGCUAUUCGACUCAGCAAAGGCUUCUACGGUACUGGCGAGACGUUCCUCUUCUCCUUCUCUCCACAGCUGAAGGUCUUCAAGUGGACAGGAAACAACUCUUUCUUUGUGAAAGGAGACGUGGAUUCACUGAUGAUGGGCUGUGGCAGUGGCCACUUUGGGCUGUGGUUGGAUGGAGACUUGUAUCACGGGGGGAGCCACCCUUGUGCGACCUUCAACAACGAGGUGCUGGCCCGGCAGGAGCAGUUCUGCAUCAAGGAGCUAGAGGCCUGGGUCCUGGGCUGAUGCCCUGGUGGGCAGCUUCCUGGGGCAACAGGGGCUUGGAUCUGCCCCUGGAUGCCUACGAGGCCUCCCUCACCCUGGGCCGUCCAUUCUGUCCGAAACACAGAUGGCGAAGUGUCUCAGUGUGGACUGUGGCUGUGAGCCAGCCUCCCGUCGCCCAAGGACCAAGACAGGCAUGGGCACAGCCCAUGUUCUCCUGGAGAGGGGACUUUGAAGGAGUGAAAGCACUUAUACCUCACCCGAGCAGCACAAAGUCCCUCAGAAAAAAUGAUCUUUUUAGAGAGUAUACAGUUAAUACAUGUUUACUGUAGAAAACCCAGAAGAUAUAAAAGAAUUAAAGUUGCCUAAAAUUCAACCACCCCCCAAAACACUAACAUUUCAUGUAUAUCCUUCCAGACAAUUUUCCAAGGAGAUAUAUAUAUAUCUUACAAAAUGGGAUUCUACUCUGUAUGUUUUAGACAUUAUUUUAACUUAAAGAAUAUUGUCAAACCAUAGACACCAGGACUCAACCAGUGAAAUUAGACUCCA